CUUGCGAGCGACGCCAUUUUAAGCCUCUCGCUCGGUUCGGCGGUAGAGGAAGCGCACGGCGCGGACCGUCAGAGCCGGAGGCAGCGGCCGGAGACCGGGGCUGGGGGAACCCUGCGCUCUUGCCUCCCCGCAGUGUCUCUGAAGUUCUGCAGGCUAUAGUUCUGGGAGCCCAGCAAGGAACAUGGCAACCCAAGCUGACUUGAUGGAAUUGGAUAUGGCAAUGGAGCCCGAUAGAAAAGCAGCAGUCAGCCACUGGCAGCAGCAAUCCUAUCUUGACUCUGGUAUCCACUCUGGUGCCACAACAACAGCUCCUUCUCUGAGUGGCAAGGGGAAUCCUGAAGAGGAUGAUGUUGAUACCACCCAAGUUUUGUAUGAGUGGGAACAGGGGUUCUCUCAGUCCUUUACCCAGGAACAAGUAGCUGACAUUGAUGGACAAUAUGCAAUGACUAGAGCACAGAGAGUGCGUGCAGCUAUGUUCCCUGAAACACUGGAUGAAGGCAUGCAGAUCCCUUCCACACAGUUUGAUGCCGCUCAUCCAACUAACGUGCAGCGCCUGGCUGAGCCAUCCCAGAUGUUAAAACAUGCUGUUGUUAACUUGAUAAAUUAUCAAGAUGAUGCAGAACUUGCAACUCGUGCCAUCCCAGAACUGACCAAAUUGUUGAAUGAUGAGGACCAGGUGGUGGUGAACAAGGCUGCGGUUAUGGUUCAUCAGUUGUCCAAAAAGGAAGCCUCCCGCCAUGCUAUCAUGCGCUCUCCUCAAAUGGUAUCUGCUAUUGUGCGUACCAUGCAAAAUACAAAUGAUGUGGAAACAGCUCGUUGCACUGCAGGUACACUACACAACCUCUCACAUCACCGUGAAGGAUUGUUGGCCAUCUUCAAAUCGGGAGGCAUUCCUGCUCUAGUUAAAAUGCUUGGUUCCCCAGUGGACUCCGUGCUGUUCUAUGCUAUAACUACUCUGCACAACCUCCUGUUGCAUCAGGAAGGUGCCAAAAUGGCUGUCCGUCUAGCUGGUGGGCUGCAGAAAAUGGUUGCCUUGCUCAACAAGACAAAUGUUAAAUUCUUGGCCAUCACAACAGAUUGCCUUCAGAUUUUAGCUUAUGGCAAUCAAGAAAGCAAGUUGAUUAUUCUGGCCAGUGGUGGACCCCAGGCUCUAGUAAACAUAAUGAGGACCUAUACAUAUGAGAAGCUACUAUGGACCACAAGUAGAGUGCUAAAGGUGCUCUCAGUCUGCUCUAGUAACAAACCUGCUAUUGUUGAAGCUGGUGGGAUGCAGGCUUUGGGACUCCACCUUACAGAUCCAAGCCAACGUCUUGUUCAGAAUUGUCUUUGGACUCUCAGAAAUCUUUCAGAUGCUGCAACUAAGCAGGAGGGCAUGGAAGGCCUUCUAGGAACACUUGUUCAGCUUCUAGGGUCAGAUGAUAUCAAUGUUGUAACCUGUGCAGCUGGCAUCCUUUCUAACCUUACCUGCAACAACUAUAAGAACAAGAUGAUGGUAUGCCAAGUUGGUGGUAUUGAGGCUCUUGUGCGCACUGUUCUUCGGGCUGGUGACCGGGAAGACAUCACAGAACCUGCUAUCUGUGCACUUCGUCACCUCACUAGUAGACAUCAGGAAGCUGAGAUGGCACAAAAUGCAGUACGUCUUCACUAUGGACUUCCAGUGGUGGUUAAACUCUUACACCCACCAUCUCACUGGCCCCUGAUCAAGGCUACUGUUGGCCUGAUCCGCAAUCUUGCUCUCUGUCCAGCCAAUCAUGCCCCCCUGCGUGAACAAGGUGCCAUUCCAAGGCUAGUUCAGUUGCUGGUUAGAGCACAUCAGGAUACCCAGCGUCGCACAUCUAUGGGUGGAACACAACAGCAGUUUGUGGAGGGUGUGCGUAUGGAGGAGAUAGUUGAAGGCUGUACUGGAGCCCUUCAUAUCCUUGCACGAGAUGUUCACAAUCGAAUUGUAAUCAGGGGUCUAAAUACCAUUCCACUAUUUGUGCAGUUGCUGUAUUCUCCCAUUGAGAAUAUCCAGAGAGUAGCUGCAGGAGUACUCUGUGAACUGGCUCAAGAUAAGGAGGCAGCUGAAGCCAUUGAAGCUGAGGGAGCUACUGCUCCUCUAACAGAACUGCUUCACUCUAGAAAUGAAGGUGUUGCAACAUAUGCAGCUGCAGUGUUGUUCAGAAUGUCUGAGGAUAAACCACAAGAUUACAAGAAACGGCUUUCAGUUGAGUUGACGAGCUCUCUAUUCAGAACUGAACCAAUGGCUUGGAAUGAGACUGCAGAUCUUGGACUUGAUAUUGGUGCCCAGGGAGAGCCUCUUGGAUACCGUCCAGAUGCUGUCUCGUCUGAAUGAACUUGCAUUGUGAUUGGCCUGUAGCGUUGCUGAGAGGGCUCGAGGGGUGGGCUAGUAUCUCAGAAAGUGCCUGACACACUAACCAAGCUGAGUUUCCUAUGGGAACAAUUGAAGUAAACUUUUUGUUCUGGUCCUUUUUGGUCGAGGAGUAAUAAUACAAAUGGAUUUUGGGAGUGACUCAGAAAUGAAGAAUGCACAAGAGAGAAUCACAAGAUGGAAUUUAUCAAACCUUAGCCUUGCUUGUUAAAAAAAAUUAUUUUUUUUUUUUAAACCUCUGUAAUGGUACUGACCUUGCUUGCUUUGAAAGUAGACUUUUUUCUUUUUGCUGUAACUGUUAGGAUUUUUUUAAAGUCUCUUGUAGUGUUUAAGUUAUAGUGAAUAUGCUACAGCAGUUUCUAACUUUUAAGGAUCGAGUAAUGGUGUAGAACACUAAUUCAUAAUCACUAAUUGUAUUCUGAAUAAAGUGUAACAUUGUGUAGCCUUUUUGUAUAAAAAUAGAGAAAUAGAAAUGGUCCAAUUAGUUUCCUUUUUAAUAUGCUUAAAAUAAGCAGGUGGAUCUAUUUCAUGUUUUUGAUCAAAAACUUUAUCUGGGAUGUGUCUGGGUAGGGGCCAGUAAGAACUGUUGGUUUGGAACCUUGUAUUGGACAGUUUACCAGUUGCCUUUUAUCCCAAAGUUAUUGUAGCCUGCUGUGACACAGAUGCUUCAUGAGCAAAAGCCGUUAAAGAAUUAAAGUAAACUUUUAAUUCA